AAAUUCUUUUUUUUCUUCUUUUUUCACCUUAAAUUAAAAAUAUUUAUAUCAGUCAAGUAAUUUGGUCAUAAACUAAACCUUCAAUAUUGUAAGUUUAUUUCCUUCCAGUAACCGUACAGUAAAGGGGUCCUAUUAUGCUUUUUUUCCAUUUUCAGCUUUCUUUAGUGUGUACUCCAAAGGGAGUUAUUCUCUCUAUCAGUGUCACUGUUUCUGAACUCCCUGAAACGCCUCCAUUAUAGUCUUGAGAUUUCUUCCAGGAACAAACACAUCACAAUAUUCCUCAUAUCCCCAAGGCAUAUGCAAAUAAGGGGUGGGGCCUGGUUGAGUAGUUAGUAGGUGCUUGUCAAUCCUCAAAUUGAUGCUUCCUCGUUUCUAGGGCUGCCCCCUAAUAGCAGACUAAUCUGUAGUCGACUAGAAGAGGCUUUGUCGACCAAUUUUUGUUUUUAGACGGCUAGUCGCAGAAAAAAGUGUGAGGGACAGAUCAUUAACGGUGGGUCCUUGUGGUAAUUACAGUAUGUCGUGCAGGAAAUCCAAAUGUUCGCCUACAUUCAUAGACUUCAAAUAUUAUUUGAAGCAUGUAUGUUGUAGCAACUGUACAUGGCCGCUCGCUCUAACGUUAACCUAUAUAUAUGUGCACUAUAGGUGCAGAUCCAAAUGUUUGUGCGGAGUGUGGAAGCUGAAGUAGCACGCUUACUGCAAGACAUGGAGGCACGCGGCGAAAUCACUUGCAUUGUGUUUUUGUCAGGCAUGUUGAAGCUGUCUUUAUGAAGAGCUGAGCUGGAUGCAGAGAAAAUCCUUGAUGAUGAUGAUGAUGAUGAAGACCAUGUUGCUGCUGAUCUCAGUACUCUUAACUCAGGUUCUUCAGUCCCAGGUCAUAUCAGCCUCCCAAGAUGAGGAGCAUUCAUUGCACAAGCUGAUCCUUCAGGCCGGGUUGCCUGCUAACCGUACAGUAGUGAUGGGUAGUGACGUGGAGUUUGAGUGUAAAAUCUACAACGAUCUUCAGCCACACAUCCAGUGGCUGAAGCACAUCGAGGUGAAUGGCAGCAGACUCAGCCCUGACGGACUGCCGUACGUUCGGGUCUUGAAGAUGCCAGGCGUCAAAACUACGGUUAAGGAGAUGGAGGUACUGCAGAUCAGGAAUGUGUCUUUAGAGGAUGCUGGAGAGUACACCUGCUUGGCUAGGAACUCUGUCGGUCACUCCCAUCAGUCUGCAUGGUUGACCGUCUAUGAAGAAGUGACGCCGUCAUGCUCCAGUCCAGCCCGGGCGGUCCUAUACCUGUCUUCUGUACUGCCACCUGCCCUGGACUGUGUGUUUUCCCCCCUAAUGGUAGUUUUUGUUAGUUUGUUUGUGUAUUGAGUCAAUUAAAGCCCACCAUUUUCUCUGCUCUGAGUUCUCGUUCACACUUUCCUUAAACCAUGACAUGUUUAUAACACAAAAAUGCUGUUUUUUUUUUUUUUGUUUUGUUUUUUUUAUUAUUCACAAAUCAUUAAUGUAGGAUGUGAUGGAAAUUCUUUUGAUGGAGAGUGGAAUAUUUUAUGUAAGCAUGUAGUAAUGAACUUUUGAGGAAGAUGGAAAUUCACAAGUUUCUUUUAUUAUAUAUUUUUUAUUAUUGUUGCAGUUGCUUUUAUAAUGAUUCUUUCCUGCUGAUGGAUUAAAACAAUGAAAGCCAAACUAAAUUCACCAGCAUUUAAAGAGUUUGAGCAUAUAAAGCGGCAGAUGGCAUAUUCUUGUAACUGCAGGAUAAAUAGAAUAUAAUCCUUCGCUGGUGUGGAUGCUUAUUUAAUCAUUGUAAUAGUUAUCUUUAUAGUUAUCAUUCUUGGUGUGAAUGUGUUUUUGUGUGUUAAUGUGUUUAAUGUGUAUGUGUUUUUGAGUGAAGGGAAACAUCUGUUAAUGUUUAUUGUUCAGUUUUGUUUGACAUUUGAAAGAGUUUCUGUUAUGUUGAAGUUUUGAUUGUGACCAUUGUGCAGAAGAGUAGAGCUUAUGGUUAGGUUGUGGAUAACUGCAUGUACUAAUACUUUGAAACAUGUUGCUUUGUUCAUUGAGCAAUAACUUUGUUAUUGCUAGUGCAGUAACAGGUUUGUUCCUACUUGUGCUGUGCCAGCAGAAUACAGUCUUUUAAUUGUACAUCAUAACUCAAAAUCAAAUAUUAGCAAGUUAUUUUCAUUCACUCUAAAACACACUUCUGAGAGUCAACUUAAAAUAAAAAAGCAAAUUUUACUAAAAAAAUA